AUGAAGAAGGGCAUCAAGAACCUCUUCCGCCGCAAGAAGGCGAAGAAGAACCAACAAGAGGAAGAUAAAUCCAACUCUCCUGCUGAUGCCACGACCGGCGCCACCGCCAACGAUUCCACCACCGAUGCUCCCGACGCCGCCCCUGCUCCUGCUCAGCCUGCUGCCCAGCCUGCUACUUCCACUGCUGAAUCCGCUGUCCCCACUGGUGCUGCUGAGCCCGUCGAAGCUCCCGCUGUCGAGGCCAAGCCUGCAGAGACUACUACUUCUGCCCCUGCUGCGGAGACCGAGCAGCCCACGGCCACCGGCACCAAUGGCUCUACCGGUACGUUAAGAAUCUCUCAAACCCACAGACGGUCCUUCUCGCCACGGUCUUUUAUAUUAAACGAACCGUCGCCUGAGCUGGCCCUCGGAGGUUCCCCGCUGACGCGCCAUCCCCUUCAGCCGCCCCCGCUGCUCCCACCGCCGACAACCCUGCUACAACCACUGCUACAACCACCGGUAUGA